GCGCCGCCGAUGCUGUCGGUGCCGGUGCCGGUGGCGGGCGCGGGGGCGGCGCGGGGCGCGGGCUCCCUGCCCCGCCGGCGCACCAUGUGCAGCGGCGUCGGCUGCUUCUGGGCGCUGCUCUCCGCCGGCCUCCUGGCCGCCUGCGCCGCCGCCUUCCUCUCGCCGGCCUGGCUGCUGCCGCCCGGCCGCGCUGCCGCCGGCUUCGGCUUGCUCUGGCGCUGCGCCGGGCCGCCCCGCGGCUGCCACGGCUCCGCCGGCCCCGGCGGCUUCGGAGACAUCCCCUCCGGUUCCUGGCAGACGAGCGCUGUGCUGUGUGCGGGCGGCUGUGCCCUGCUGGCCCUCAGCUCCCUGCUGGCCAUCGUCGCUGUCCUGCUGCCCGGCGGAGCCUGUGAGCGCCGAGUCUGCACCCUGGCUGGCUACAUGCAGACAGCAGCAGUGUUCAUAAUGGCUUCUGGGCUUUUGGUUUACCCUUUUGGUUUCAACUCUGCUACUGUGAAGAGAUUCUGUGAGAACUCAGACAUCUACUAUGCAGGAGACUGCCAGAUCGGAUGGGGGUACAUGCUGGCAAUUGUUGGGGUCAUGUUGUCUGUCUUUUUACCAUUCUUUGCAAAAUAUGCACCAAAAGAGCACAUAUCUCCAACUCCAAUACCUACUAUUUUAUAGUAUUUUAUUACUGUUUAAGAACAGAACACUCCUGUCUACAGUAAUGGGCAGAAAUUAUUAUAGCACUUCCAGUUGGCUGUAUUGCUAAAGAGAGGAAAGGAGAUGGGGAAGAGAAGGGGUCAGAUUGACAAAGACCAAAAGUGCAUUGAAAGUCUUCCGUAAGCACGAGCAGUGAACACUCUGGAAUUGAAAUAGGAUUAAUCAGCAGCCUUUACACUGCUCUAAACAUAUAAUGGCAUAAUGCCUUAGACAAAAAAAAAUCAGUUUAUCCUCAAAACAUCUGUCUACCUCCCAGUUUCUUUUGUGUCUCAAAAUUGUGAAUCUUAAAAUCUUCAAUUCACUUUUGAUAUAUUGUUAAAUGUCAGAACUUUUAUGAACCCAGUAACUUUAAAAUCAAUAAUGAUAUUUUGUUACAAUUAUUUUGAUUAGUGAAAAAAGCACCUAGUAAUAGCCACAGCCUAAAGAUAAGAUUGAUAGCUAAAAAGAAUUGUAUACAAGAAAAAAUUUCUUUCUAAUCUAUAUAUAUUAGCAGCACCUGCAUAUUUUAAGUUCUGGGCACAGUUUUUACUACUGCUCUAAUUGCCAAGAUUUAGAGGCAUCUUCAUGAAGUCUUGGGUAAAACCGAAAUUUCGUUUUUUUGAGAGAUCUAACUACUUGCAAAGGCUUCAUGAUGAAUUAAUAGUUUAACAAUAGGAAAAAAAAAUCCUAGGAAUUUGUUUUCAGUAUUUCUUAAAUUAUAAUUCUAGGUGGACUUUAACAAAAUGUUUAGAUUUUGGGUUUUGUUGUUUAAGGCCGAGAAGAAAAAAUCUCUGUUUACAAAAAUGUCUGUGCCCAAUGGCCCUUGUCUGUAGUGAUAAUACAAGCCAGGAUGAACUAAUUCCAGUAUUUCCAUUGCAACUAAGAGUCCAGUUUGUAAAAAAAAAAAAAGUGAAGUGAAAUGCUAUU